CUCAUUGUUUCGUUGCGCUGCUCAGCGGCCCGCCCUCUGUCUGGACACGCCCUCUCCGCCUGGAGUAACUGUAGUCAGCACUCCGGAGACAGGCAGUGAGCGAGCGAGCGAGCUCCGUGUUAGCGCUUUCCAUCCCCGGCCCCCGAUACUGACCCACUCCGUGCAUGGUGACCGAUAUCCCCUUACCCACACACUGACCAUGGAGGGAACCCGAGCCGGCGGCGAGGCGGGGGAUAGCCCGGUAACAAUUAAAAAUAUUGAACGGGAACUUAUAUGUCCUGCCUGCAAGGAAUUGUACACACAUCCUCUAAUCUUGCCCUGUCAGCAUAGCAUCUGUCACAAGUGUGUCAAAGAGCUUCUCUUCAUGACUCUUGAGGACUCCACUGAUGUCAGCUCUGAAGCAUCUACUCCAGGAAGCCCACGCGGUCGCAUGCAGUCUCCUAGUGUUGAACGAAUAGACAGACUUCUGAGAUCAGCCUCAUAUCGGAGCUCCCUCACGCUGAGAAGCAGAGGUUCCAAGCGCAAUUCAUUGACUCCAAGGAUGACCACUUUAUCGUGCCCAGGAUGUUUGCAUGAUAUAGACCUUGGUGAACGGGGUAUCAGUGGUCUGUUUCGGAAUUUUACUUUAGAGACUAUUGUAGAACGAUACCGUCAAGCAGCUCGAGCAGCCACCGCUAUUAUGUGUGACUAUUGCAAGCCUCCUGCGCAAGAAUCCACUAAAAGCUGCAUGGAUUGUAAUGCAAGCUUCUGCAAUGAAUGUUUCAAGGUCAACCAUCCUUGGGGAACAAUAAAAGCCCAGCAUGAAUAUGUAGGGCCAACCACAAACUUCAGACCGAAGGUACUCAUGUGCCCAGAGCAUGAAAUGGAAAAAGUCAAUAUGUACUGUGAAAUCUGCAGAAGGCCUGUUUGUCAUUUGUGUAAACUAGCAGGAUCACAUGCAAACCACAGAGUGACAACAAUGAGUAAUGCAUACAAAACACUAAAGGAAAAACUUACAAAAGGCAUAAGCUAUCUCAUUAGCAAAGAAAGCCAAGUAAGGACCCAAAUUUGUGAACUGGAGAUACUGAUCCAGCAGACGGUGAUCAAUGGUGAUCGGGCUUAUGAAGAGGCAACAUACAAUUUUGAGAAGCUGUAUAAUAUUUUGGAGGAGCGAAAAACGUUUGCCCUAAAAUCUAUUCAGAAUUCAAAGUCAACCAGGUUGGAGAAGCUGCAGAACCAGAUGGAGGAAUAUCAAGGCCUUUUGGAAAAUAAUGGGCUAGUGGGAUAUGCACAGGAAGUACUGAAGGAAACUGAUCAUUCUUGCUUUGUUCAAACUGCAAGGCAACUACACACCAGAAUUCAGAAAGCUUCAGAUUCUCUGAAAACAUUCCGGCCAGCUGCAGAUUCUAAUUUUGAAGAAUAUUUUGUUGAGGUGUCGAAGGAAGUAGAUCUGUUAAAUGACCUUGCCUUCACCAAAGCACUGGAUAUACCAGAAAUCGAUGUAGACCAGAGCUAUGUUUACAACAAAGCUAAGAUUUGUUGGAAGCAGCCUGACCAUGAAGAUUCUGUUGACAGCUAUAUCCUAGAAUAUCGAAAGCUUGACAAAAGCGAAGAUAUCCCAUGGACUGAGGUUGAAACAACAUCUACUUCUAAAAUAUUGUCUGACCUUGAAACCAACAGUGCCUACAGUUUCAGAGUGCGAGGAUGCCGAGGUUCUGUGUGCAGUUCUCGUAGCAGGGAGGUUACCUUGCAAAUGCCUCCAGCUCCAGUGUUUAAUUUUCUGUUUGAUGAUAAAUGUGGAUACAGCAAAGAGCACAUUUUACUUAAUGCCCAGCGAGACUCAGUGGAAAGCAUUGCUGGGUUUCCUUUGUUGCAUGGUGCGGAGCGUGUUCAGGUUGGCUGCUACAUGUGCCUUGAUUAUAUUAUUGGUGAUUGUGGAAUUACAAAAGGGAGGCACUUCUGGGCCAUUUCCGUUGCUUCCCAUUCUUACUUGGUGAAAGUUGGAGUUGCAUCCGAUAUUAAAUUGCAAGAAUGGCUUCAUAAUCCUCGUGACAUAAGUAGUCCAAGAUAUGAUCAGGACAGUGGACAUGACAGUGGAAGUGAAGACAUUUCUUAUGAUGCAUCUCAGCCUUUUACACUGGCUACUAUAGGAAUGAAGAAAUUCUUUAUCCCCAAGGCUUCCAAUGUAUCCAGUAUCCACACAGAGAGAGCUCUUCCUCUCCCAAACCGGAUAGGGGUUUGUCUAGACUACGAUAAAGGUGUCGUUGGGUUCUACGAUGCAGACACCAUGAAAUGCUUAUACGAACGUGAAGUUGACUGCAUUGGAACAAUGUACCCUGCAUUUGCAUUAAUGGGUGGAGGAGAAAUUUGUCUGGUGCAAUCUAUUACAGCUAAACAUUUGGACUACUCUCAUGAAACAUAAUUUCAAUAUCCCACUCGAUAUUGCGAGGAGAAACAAGUUUAUGAUCUCUUGUUUUUACUAAAGUGAAUACAUUACAACCAAAUUCACCAGUGCAUUGAUUGAACUUUAUUUUGUGCGUGUGGUUUUGUUUCUGUAUUUGUAUUUCUCUUCUUUUUCUGCUCAUUCCAUGGUCACCCCUCUCCAACUGCUGCAGUGUAAGUCUAUAGCACAGUUGGUCUGUCUGUACAUUUUCAGUGUGACCAUUUCACUUAAAUGGUGGAGUAAAUUACGUUCAGAAAGAAUCCUCCAAUUUUAAAUGUCAAAAUUAGUUGUGGUCAUCUUGAAUUCAGUCAUUUCAGCUGAAUCGCUUUAAAUGUGUUUUAUGGUUUAUUUAACAGUGUAAUGGGGGUAAAUAAACUAGAACCAACCAAUUUCUGGUUCCACAGACCUUUUAUGACCCUUUUAUUAAUGACCAGAGUAAACUGUUUUAACCAGUUACCUUUCUGCAGUCUGAGCCCUUGAUUCCCAAUAGGGUGAGCUUUGUGCACUCCUUCUGCCACAAGGGUUAAUGUGAACCGAUAUUGUAAAUGUAUUUAUUACUUGUUCUGCUCUGGCGUUGAAGGAUUUUAAAUCUCAUGAAUUUAAAUGCUGUUUCGUUACAGAUAUGUUAUGCCAUUGUUUUUAUGUGAUAUUUAUGUUCUGUAAAAUAUACUGUAUUUUAGCCCUGUCAAGCUUUUGGAGAAAAUCCCAAAACACAAUGAAUCACCAAUGAGCACAUGCAUUCAUUUAUUUUACUUGGUAUUAUUUAUAACCUACCUAAUGCAACAUGAGAAGUUAUUUAAAGUUAGAAUACUAGUCACUCCCCCCCCAGAUCCCCCCCCCCCC